AUGAUUUGUUAUUUAUCAACGAAAACCGACAUGGGCGAGCAGAAUGAUCCACCAUUACCAAUGUUCGUGCAAUAUGCAACGGCAUCAGCAGAGCCUGUGAAAAAAUUUCGCAUUCAACCACAUGGUAACGUGACAAAAUCAACGCGUCCUUUCACGUCAACGGUUCCAGCCGUUCUGGAACGUGUUCGAGUAAGUUUUAAGAAAAUAGAUGAUCAUGAAAGUCCACGUUGGAAUUCCAUUUUCAGUCUCAAUCGCUAA